AUGUGGGGCCCCGGGGUCACGGCCGAGGGCCUGUCGAUGGCUCCAGCACCACCGCCACUGCUACCGCUGCUACUGCUGCUCGCGCUGGCCCUAGUGGCGCCCUCGCGGUGCGGCGGGGGCUGCGCGGAGCUGGCGUGCGGCGAGCGGGAGCGCUGCUGCGACUCGGCCAACGCCACGGCCGUGCGCUGCUGCAAGCUGCCGCUCCACGCCUUCCUGGACAACGUGGGCUGGUUCGUCCGCAAGCUCUCUGGGCUGCUCAUCCUGCUGGUGCUCUUCGCCAUCGGCUACUUCCUGCAACGCAUCAUCUGUCCCAGCCCACGCAGGUACCCGCGUGGCCAGGCGCGCCCUGGCCAGGCACGACCCGGGCCUGCUGGGGGCUCCGGACCGCCGGGGACCAUGGGGCCACCCGACGACGACGAUGACUCGCCUGCUCUGUUGCGCGAUGAGGUGGCCGCGGGCUCGCAGGACUCACUGCUGGACAGUGGCGGCGGCCGGGGCCGAGGAGGUGGGGGACGUCAGCCUCCUGCCUGCGUUUCCGAGCACGAGCUGCGAGUGGUGUCGCCGGUCUUCCUUCAGCUGCCCAGCUACGAGGAGGUCAAAUACCUGCCCACCUAUGAGGAGUCCAUGCGGCUGCAGCAGCUCAACCCUGCAGAGGUCGUUUUGCCCGUGUCGGUGCUCGGGCAUCCUCGAGGCGGUAGUGCAGGCGACCCCGACGGCGACCAGGGUCGCUUCCCGCUCAUCUGA